CAUCCAGGAGCUCAAAAAGAGAAGAGAGACGAUGACAACAAGAAAGUGGUUGCAGAGAUCAUGGCAAGAUGUUUUGUUCCAAGUUUAAUAACAACCACCUCCUGGGAAAGAUUUCAUUUUGUUGGUCAUGAGAUUCAAAUCACUGAAGCCGUGGAUUCUUACGGUGCUGUUGUUUGGCCAUCGGCCCUUGUUCUAAGCUAUUUUCUGGAAACAAAUGUGAAGCACUAUAAUAUGGUUGACAAAAAUGUGAUUGAAAUUGGAGCUGGAACAGGGCUAGUCUCCAUCGUGGCAAGUUUACUUGGUGCACAGGUGACUGCCACCGAUUUACCUGAAUUACUCGGAAACCUGCAAUAUAAUAUUUCCCGCAACACCAAGAUGAGAUGUAAGCACUUGCCUCAGGUUAAGGAACUCUCCUGGGGUGUAGCUUUAGGUGAGAACUUCCCCCGGUCUUCCAACAACUUCGACUACGUCCUGGCAGCUGACGUUGUGUACGCCCACCCUUUCCUGGAGGAGCUCCUCGCUACCUUUGACCAUCUGUGCAAAGAGACUACCGUCAUCCUCUGGGUCAUGAAAUUCAGGCUGGAGAGAGAAAAUAAAUUUGUAGAUAGAUUUAAGGAGUUGUUUGACCUGGAGGAGAUUUCCAGUUUCCCCAGCCUGAAUAUUAAGUUGUAUAAAGCUGUGAAGAAAAGCCGGAGGAGUGCAAGGAAAGAAAAGGCUGUUUCUAGAAGAGUGUUCCUUUAAAGAAGACCCUGGACAAUCUGAUGCAUCCUUGACUUUCCCGAGUCACUUGCCUCAUAAUCUUGCCUCCACAGACGGGGAUUUUCCCAGAUACAGCACCUGAGUCUGGAGGAUGGCUAAGCCAUACUGUGAGGUCACUGGUUAGGACAAAGCCUACUUUCCUCAUCCCUCAA